AUGUCCUUCGUCAAGCGACUCCAAUUCGUCUCGGUCGUCGACACGCCCUUCGACCCGUCGCAUCGCUUCGCGACAUCAUGGCUGCUGCCGCCGGGCGCGCUGUUCGCCCUCCGCGCGCUGCUGUCCGUCUACGCCUUCACCACCGCCUUCUUCAACCUGGGCUGGCGCGGCACCCACCACCUCGGCGGCGUCGGCCAGUCGUUUUCCUACUUCACCAAUUUGACAUACUGGGGCCUGGCCUUCUACUUCGCCUUUGCCGCCCUCCACACUGGCACCUACUGGUUGACCGGCCGCCCACUUUUGGCCAGAUGGCCCCCGGCCCUGCAGGUGCUGCACGCUAUCUAUUACAGCACUGUAACUAAUUUCCCCUUUAUUGUGACGAUCGUCUACUGGGCCAUCCUGUCCGGCAAUUCGUUCGUCACCCCUUUCACUUCAUACUACAACGUCUCGGCACACGCAAUGAACUCCGGGUUCGCGCUACUCGAAGUGCUGCUGCCGCGCACGGCGCCCAGCCCGUGGUGGCACAUGGCUCCGCUGGUGUUGCUGCUCGCCCUCUACCUCGCCCUCGCGUACAUCACGUACUACACGCAGCACUUCUACGUCUACUCGUUCCUAGACAUCCAGUCCAACGGCUCCGGGUCCGUCACGGGCUACUGCUUCGGAAUCCUGAUCGGCAUGGCCAUUAUUUUUGUUAUCGUGCACUUUUUGGUCAAGGGGAGGGUGUGGCUGACCGAGCAGGUCUUGGGGAUGGACGGGAAGUUCAGCAGGAGGGAAGCCGGCAGGAUGGGCGGCGAGAUUCAUGUUGCGCCCGAGGUCGGGAGCGAGGGCUACGUCGAGAUGGAGGCGGCCAUGCAGACGCACGAGGCCGUGAAGAUGCGUCUGAGGGAAGAGGCGGAGCAGCAGGCCCAGGCGCAGGUGGGCCUGACGCAUUAA